AUGACUCGCGAAGUGACUGAGGUGACUGAGGUUGGGGUGGAUGGACGGGUUGGUGUGUUUGAAUGUGAGGUUCCGGGCACGGUGAACUUCGUCCUCUCCAAAGAAGGCGGCGAUCUGUCUCUGGUGGAGCAGGCCAACGUCUGGCUCUUCCUCCGUUUAGCCAAGACCAACCGCAGCCGAGCCAAAGUCACCAUCCGCCUCUUCCAGCAGCACCACCCGUCCGGCGGACGUCCGUCUCUGCCGCAGGACGACACCCUCCUGUCAGAGAAGACGGUGGACACCCGCCGCAGCGGCUGGCACACCUUCCCGGUGUCGGCCGCCGUGCAGGCCCUGCUGCAGAGCGCCACAAGCACGACACUGAGCCUCACGGUGUCCUGCCCGCUCUGCGCCGACACCGGCGCCACCAUCGUCCUGGUCUCGGGCAGCGCUGAGACAUCGCAGCGCAACAACCAGCGGGAGCAGUCCCACCGGCCCUUCCUCAUGGCCGUGGUCCGGCAGGGAGACGGCAGCGACUCGCAGCGGCGCAGGAAGCGCGGGCUGGAGUGUGACGGGAAGGUGCGUGUCUGCUGCAAACGGCAGUUCUACGUCGACUUCAAAGACAUUGGCUGGAACGACUGGAUAAUCGCUCCACGCGGUUAUCACGCCAACUAUUGCGAGGGCGAAUGCCCCUCCCACGUGGCGAGCAUCACCGGGUCCACGCUGUCCUUCCACUCCACCGUCAUCAGCCACUACCGCAUGAGAGGCUACAGCCCCUUCCAGAACGUGAAGUCGUGCUGCGUGCCAACACGCCUACGAGCCAUGUCCAUGCUGUACUACAACGAGGAGCAGAAGAUCAUCAAGAAGGACGUGCAGAACAUGAUCGUGGAGGAGUGCGGCUGCUCGUAGACGCAAACCUGAGCCGGAGAGGAGGAGCACCUCUGAGCCCAGAGAGGGAGGAAGCUGACUCUAGGAUCAUCACGUCACUUUUAUUGACUGCGUUUCAUCCUUCGCCUCCGUCCGUCCCUCGAGGUCGCCCUCUGGGGUAAAAACUCUGCUCCAGACUCGUCCAGCAGAACUCAGAGAGUCUCCACGGCACUUUCAGAAAAAGAGAAGAAAAAAAUCUCUAAUAUAUUUUUGUUACAAACGGAGGAGCGAAGCUUAUUUAUGUGGCUGAGACGUUCAAGCACCGCAGAACCGACUUCGGAGAGACGAGGUGCCUGAAAAAAAUGCGACAAAAGAAGAAAAAAAAUCUCAAAACUAUGCAACUUGUUUCACGUAUUCAGACCUUAUUGUAUUUUAUUUGUGUCCGUUUGUCGGCUCCCCAAAUGUUUACUUUCUCAAAAUGUUGGAGGAAGACAGAAGAAGACUCUUGUACUUUAUUUAGAAGUAUACGUUUGUGAUGCGUGUGUGUGUGUGUGUGUGUGUGUUGAGAGAUACUUGAAAGAAACAAGUUGGCUCGGCUGCUGGAACCAAACACUUCUUUAUGUUAUAAUUAUUAUUGUCAGUAAGUAUAUUAAUAUUAUUAUUGUUGUUAAUAAUAUAUUGUGUUAUCAUGUCUCUUUUUUUAAAAGAAGCGUUUCAAACGUGUUUAUUUUUUGCACUAUAGCGACACUCGUGUUCAGAUUAGCCACAGACAGACAGGACAGACCGGAGGGAGGUCACAGGUUUGAGCCCCACUAGUCUUGACAAAAUACUUGAGCGUGUCAUCAGUUGUGUCACUUCCUGGUUGCUGAAGCUUGAAGCUGGCGUCUAACGCUCGCUGCCAGAGAAUCCUGACUUUGCCAAAAGCACGUGGACAGGUGGCUGACUCGCGUUAGAAUGUACGUUUGAUUUCAGGAUGUUGGUCUUGAUGCUGUUUCACAAUAAAAGUCUAGCAGGAAAGCUGCAUCCCCUUCUGUUUGUUUCUGUCACUGCUUCUCAGUGAGCUGCUGCCCACGCCCAGCUCUCUGUACUCACAGCAACAGUGGGGUUUAUUGACGAAUCCUACGUUUAUUCACUUCUACGCUGAUGACACAGUAAUUCACUCAUCAGCCGUCUGCACUCACAGAUGUUGGAUUUCAAACAUUCAGCUGAUUUUCAGCUCACCUGCUUUGAAACCUUUAACUCCAGCCGCUUCAGUUCAACUUCUUUUCUGAUUGGCUCACAAAUAGAAACAUUUGGGUGAACAUGUUCAUCCAUCUCUACGACAUCAUCCAGACUGACGUGUAGAAAAAACAGUUUCUUUCUUCUUCUUUUUUUGCCUGUCCCGUUUGGUUCUUUUGCAUCAGAAUU